AUGGUUGCUACCAAGAUUGACGGCACUGCCAUCGCAAAGUCGAUCCGUGAGCGGCUGUGUGCCGAAGUCGCGGCUAAGCAAAAGCUCAACCCCAGAUACCAGCCCUGCCUCAAGAUCAUCCAAGUUGGUGAUCGCUCUGACUCUUCUACCUAUGUUCGCAUGAAGCUCAAGGCCGCCGCAGAGGCUGGCAUUGAUAGCAAGUUGCUUCACUACCCUGAGUCUAUCACAGAGGCUGAACUGCUGGACCACAUCCGUCAGCUGAACAAUGACCCCAUUGUUCACGGUAUCCUGGUCCAACUGCCUCUUCCCAGUCACAUCUCUGAGUACACUGUCACAUCCUUUGUGGCAGAUGAGAAGGAUGUCGACGGUUUUGGCACCAGAAACAUCGGAGAGCUUGCCAAGCGUGGCGGCAAGCCUCUCUUUGUGCCAUGCACCCCUAAGGGUGUCAUGAUCCUGCUCAAGGAGGCCGGUGUUGACCUUAAGGGCAAGAACGCCGUUGUCCUUGGACGAAGUGACAUCGUCGGAAGCCCUGUGAGCUACCUGUUGAGAAACGCCGACGCUACUGUCACUGUCUGCCACUCCAAGACAAAGAACAUUGAGAACUACAUCAAGGAGGCUGAUGUCGUCGUUGCCGCCAUUGGCCAACCUCAGUUCGUUCAGGGCAGCUGGCUGAAGCCUGGCGCUGUUGUUAUCGAUGUCGGAACAAACUUCCUGCCGGAUUCCACAAAGAAGUCCGGAUACCGACUUGUCGGUGACGUCGAUUACGCCGCUGCCUCUGAGGUUGCUUCGGCCAUUACCCCCGUUCCCGGCGGUGUUGGACCUAUGACGGUUGCCAUGCUCAUGCAGAACGUUAUCGAUGCCACAACAUGGUACUUUGAGUCUCAGAAGCUCAGGAAGACCAUUCCCCUGCCCCUGAAGCUCGAGGACCCUGUUCCUUCUGAUAUCGCCGUUUCGCGAUCCCAAACUCCCAAGCAGAUUACUCGCAUUGCCGCCGAGGUUGGCAUUGCUCCCCACGAGCUUGAGCCCUAUGGCGCGUACAAGGCCAAGGUUGACCUCAGCCUGCUCAAGCGACUUGAGCACCGGAAUAACGGUCGCUAUGUCGUUGUCACCGGUAUUACCCCUACACCCCUUGGAGAGGGCAAGUCUACCACAACCAUGGGUCUGGCCCAGGCCCUUGGAGCUCAUGUUGGCCGGUUGACAUUUGCCAACGUGCGACAGCCCAGCCAAGGUCCUACCUUUGGUAUCAAGGGAGGCGCUGCUGGAGGAGGUUACAGCCAAGUCAUUCCUAUGGAUGAGUUCAACAUGCAUCUCACUGGCGACAUUCACGCCAUUACUGCCGCUAACAACCUUCUCGCGGCUGCUAUUGAGACUCGCAUCUUCCACGAGAACACCCAGAAGGACGGUCCCCUGUAUCGACGACUAGUACCGGCCAAGAACGGUCAGAGGAAGUUUGCCCCUGUUAUGUUCCGUCGGUUGAAGAAGCUUGGCAUUGACAAGACCAACCCCGACGAGUUGACUGAGGAUGAGAUCCACAGAUUCGCCCGUCUUGAUAUUGAUCCCGAGACCAUCACCUGGAGGCGAGUCCUCGAUGUCAACGACCGUCACCUUCGUGGAGUCACGGUCGGAACUGCCCCGACUGAGAAGGGACAGACUCGAGAGACUGGCUUUGACAUUACUGUUGCCAGUGAGUGCAUGGCUAUCCUUGCUCUCAGCAACAGCUUGGCCGAGAUGCGUGAGCGCCUCGGCCGAAUGGUGGUUGCCACUUCGCGAAGCGGUGACCCCGUCACUUGUGAUGAUAUUGGUGCUGGCGGUGCUCUCACUGCCCUCAUGAAGGAUGCCAUCAAGCCCAACCUUAUGCAGACCCUAGAGGGUACUCCUGUCUUUGUCCAUGCUGGUCCCUUCGCCAACAUCAGCAUUGGCCAGAGCUCUAUCCUGGCUGACAAGCUUGCCCUCAAGCUUGCGGGUACUGAGCCUGAUGAGGACUACAGCGAGAAGGCUGGCUUUGUCGUUACCGAGGCCGGCUUUGACUUCACCAUGGGUGGUGAGCGAUUCUUCAACAUCAAGUGCCGAACUUCUGGCCUGGUUCCGGACGUUGUCGUGGUCGUGGCCACUGUCCGAGCCCUCAAGGUUCACGGCGGCGGUCCUCCUAUCGCCCCUGGCGCUGCUCUCAGCUCUGUCUACAAGGAGGAGAACGUUGACAUCCUGCGUGCUGGCUGCGUGAACCUGAAGAAGCACAUUUCCAACGCCAAGUCCUUUGGCAUCCCUGUCGUUGUUGCCAUCAACAAGUUCUCGACUGACACUGACGCCGAGAUCGCUGUCAUCCGGGAGGAGGCCAUUGCUGCCGGCGCUGAGGAUGCCAUCCUAUCCAAUCACUGGGCCGAGGGAGGCAAGGGUGCCGUCGACCUGGCGAACGGUGUCAUUGCCGCUGCCGAGAAGCCCAAGGAGCUCAAGCUCACUUAUGACCUUGAGGGCACUGUGCAGGACCGCAUCACCGCCAUCGGUCAGAAGAUGUACGGUGCUGAGAAGGUCGAGUUCAGCGAGCUCGCUCAGAAGAAGGUGGACACGUACACUCGCCAGGGCUACGGAAACCUGCCCAUCUGUGUUGCCAAGACUCAGUACUCUCUUUCUCACGACCCUGACCUGAAGGGUGCUCCUACCGGCUUCACGGUUCCUAUCCGUGAUGUCCGGAUGGCUGCUGGAGCAGGAUAUCUGUAUGCCCUGGCUGCCGAUAUCCAGACCAUCCCUGGUCUCCCCACUGCCCCUGGCUACCUCAACGUCGAUGUCGACGUCGAGACUGGUGAGAUUGACGGCCUCUUUUAG